AUGGGAAAAUACAGUAAAAAACGAGAAGGAACCAGCAAUAGGCAAUUUACUAAUGUGGAAAAGUUGAAAAACAAUUUCUUUGCUAAUUCCGAAAGAAGAAGAAAAUCCAAUGACAAAGCCCAUGAUUGCGAAGCCCUAGCUGACUUUUUUAAUGCUACUGCUAAUAUAUCUGAUGAUGUAGAACAAAUUAAAUUGUCUGCCAACGAACAAACAUUCAACCAGAAGAAACAAGCUUUAGUUAGCAAAAUCCAAGGACUUGUUGGUAAAUGUCAAACUUCUAGCACUUCUUCUAUCGCUUAUAGGCAACUAAAAGAAGUAGAAAAUUUAACGCCCAAACACCAGCAAGACUUACUGAAAUUGGAAAUAGAAGCAAAACAAGCAGAAAGUGAAUAUAAAGAAAACAAAGCCAAGGCUGACCAAGAAACUGACCCUGAUAAAAAGGCUCAGUUUAUGAUUCUAGCUAAUAAAGCAGCGAAAAAGGCAGAAGAUAUUAAAAGAAGAAUUAAAGCCAAUCCUCUCGCUGAUUUAAGCCGUUUUAGCAAUCUAGAUGAUUUAACCAUUUUGUUAGGAGGCAAUGUUCCCCAAAACCCUCCUAGUUCUAAUAGACCAAGUGGAAGUAGCAGCAAUUCUUCGUCAAACUCCUCCAAUCCUUUUAGCCAGACUUCAACUAAUCCUGAGAGCAAUAAACAACAACUGUUAAUCUUUGCGGGCAUUGCUGUUCUAGUAAUCUUCUAUCUUCUAAACCAAAAAGACUAUGACUAA